UUAAUAAGCUAACAGAGCUAGGACAAAAGCUUCUUAUUCCAGCCCCCACCUAGGGUUUCAUAGAGCUUUCCAAUAGGGUUCACUUUUGAUAUUCCUGUAGUCAUCUUCAAGCUACAUAAACUCCAGUUUCAUAGAGCUACGACUGAUUCAUGCAUUCUUUGGCUGUAGCAUAUCUGAAGAGAGAGAUUUCUUAGAUGAAAGACAUGUACUCCCUUUCUUACAAGGCUCAUUAAAAGACAUUUCUAAAUUUGCUCAAACAGAUAUAUAUGACCAACGAACCUAAUCCUGUGAAGCUGACGCCAGAGCUAUCUAUCCAUAUCACAAUUCAUGGAUUCUUGCUCUGGACUUCAGUCGGUUUCUUAAUGCCACUGGGAGUAGUCAUUAUCAGAAUGACAGAGGGUGUUAAGUCAAUUAGAAUGGUUAAGGUUUUGUUCUACACUCAUGUCACUGUUCAGAUUCUAGCACUGCUACUUGCUACUGUUGCAGCUGUUCUAUCACUCAUCAACUUUGAGAACUCCUUCAACAAUACUCAUCAGAAGAUUGGGUUAGUUCUAUAUGGACUCAUUUGGAUUCAACCUCUGAUUGCUUUUGUGAGGCCUAGAAGAGGUAUAAGGUUCAGGAGUUUGUGGUACUUGAUGCACUGGCUGCUUGGAACUGGAGUUUGUGUAAUGGGGAUAGCAAACAUCUUCAUUGGCCUGCACACCUUCCAUGAGAGAACCUCAAUAAGUGUAAGCUUGUGGGCGGCCCUCUUCACUGCAGAGGUCUCAUUCAUGGCCUUCCUCUACCUCCUGCAACACAGAUGGCAGUAUAUGAUGAGGCAGGGAGUUACUCAAGAUGAGCAAAUUGCACCCACCAGCCAUGCUUCUCCAACUAGCAACCAGAAAGAGAUGUUAGUGAUGCCCUAGA